GUUCUCCUUCCGGGUCAACACUCGGAUCGUCUGCGGCGCGUUUGGCCGCCAUUGUGCUCCCGAGGUAGAAGCGGCCAGUGCUGGGGAGAGCGAUAGAUCCGGAAACAGGUCGGUGUGCGUGGCUAGCCGGGGAGCGAGCGGGGGGCCGGGGAUCGCUGUCCGGGCGGGCGGUGAGGGCAGUCUCAGGGUAGCUGGGUGUAAGCGAGGCCGCGGGAGGAUGGAGGCCUAGGACGCCAGACAUCGUGUUACACUGACCGCCUGGGAGGCCGUGUAUCCUGCAAUGCCGGGCUCAGGGACAGGCAGCCAGCGCUGGGCACUCACUGUUACAGCAUAUCAUACACAUAGUGAGACUAUAGCUAGACCGGGGUCAGCCAGCCAUCAGCACUAACUCCAUACUGCUGGCAAAGCAUCAUGGGAGAUGGAGUCCUCAACAUCUGGAGUGCCGGAGGUUGCCUGACCCUGUUGUAGAUUCAUGCUGCCGUGUUACCCUGAAAUCAAUCUUUUAAAGCCAGGGGUCCCCAACCCAGUCCUCAAGUACCCUCCUUACCAGUCCAGGAUUUAGGAAUUACCCUGUUCUGUACAAAGUGGUUGUUGUUUUGUUUUUUCCACUUUCUAAAAACACCUUAGACACAAUUUGGUAAUCUUUAAAUCCUGAACUGUUAAGGGGUAGUUGAGGACUGGGUUGGGAACCACUGUUUUAAAUCGAUUUUUAAAAUAUAUAUAUAUUUUAAUUAGUAUUUCACUGUUAUUUAUUCAAACUGUUUGGGAGAAUAGGAAUAGUCCUUUAGCUAUCCUUACUUUAUAAGGAAAUAAAACUCUCCUAAAUGGUGACUUGGUGUGUAAGUGUAGUUUAAAAUGAAAAGAAAAUUAGUUUCACACGGUGACUUGUGUAAUUUAUAAAAAUUGAGUUGCGCAGGGAUUUCUGUGGAAGCAUUCACUCCUUACAGGGCAGUUAGUUAUCCUAAAGUGCAAGUGAUUUUGCCGUUUUUACUAAAAAAAUGUACAUCUGUCAGAUACAAAACAGUGCUGUGCUGUUGGACUGUUCUUGGUGUUUCAUUUUGCUUUUGGAUAUAUACAGUAUUAUUUCUGUUAAAUCGUUUGUAGUAGAAAGUGUUGUUUGGGUUUUUGGUCUUCUGUAAUUGUAAAUGCCAGUGUUUAUAUACUGCUGAUCGGCUUGAGAUAUGCAAUGCCAAUGCAGAUAUGCGUAGACUGGGGGCAUGUGAUCUCUCACUUACCAUGUUCUGAGUGAUGAUAGCUUUCAACAUAUUCCUGCAAGUUUUGUCUUAAACCUUGUAAUUUUUUUUUUUUAAUUUUUUUUUAUAAAUUGGUCCUUUUAAUCCAGAGAAAAAUGAACAUUUGCUCAGUGCACAUCUUAAUGUGCAACUUAGGCAUUAUAUGGUUUUGCUAGUAUUUUUUUAGAUUUUGUUACAUUAACUUUACAUUUUGAGUCUUAUCUGAGUGUUGUGGUAGAUAUUUUGUGCCCUGUAUCUGAACUAUUUUAUUGUCCAGUAUAUCUAAUAUUUAUUUUGGUGCAGGACUCCUAUAUGUCCUGUGCAGAGCUUAAAAUGUUAACCUAUGCUACUAGCCAGACCUUUAAAAGCUGCUUACUUUUGCAAGUUAAAGAAAUACUCACUAGGAAUAAACGUCUACUGGCCAGGACUAAAUAUUCACUUGCUAGGGGAGAGUAGAAAUUUUAAGCCCUAGUCCCUUUUUUUUAUAUAUAUUACUUCUUUCUUUAUGAAAGGUUGAUGGCUGUUGGCUAAAAUGACAAUUUAGGCACUAGCAGAACUCCCCCUUUCCCCCAAAGAUUUUGAGUACUUUUAUGUACAGCAGUAUGCACAAACUAAAAAAAAUACUGUAAGCAAUCCAGAUCGAGGUAUAAUAUCAACUCAAGUGGUCAUGAAGCAAAAAAGGUCUACGGUUGUGUUUUUUUUUUUUUUUUGUAAACAUAAACUUAGUAAGGUUGUGCUUGUAGAGUACUACAUAAGUGUACACAACAAACAUAAUGGAAUAUACAGUGUAAACCAUUUGACACAUUUUUAAACACUGAAUAUUAUGAUAGCACCAAAUGACUUCCAGCCCCAUUAACGGGUGAGUUACACACACAAACUCAUAAAGACUAGGAGUUUGUAUGGAUAUGCACAGCUCUCUAUUUGAAAACCGGAGGAUAAUAAUGCUCUUAAAUAUCACCCUGUUGCUGCUCCCUGCAGACUCUGGGGAAUCUGUAUUAUUUAAUUUUCUGGCAUUAUUUUUAAUUUAUUUGUUUGUUUUCUUUUUCUUGUUACACAUAGUUUGAAACACCAUGGCCGGGGUGUUUCCAUACAGACCUGGGGGUGCCCCCAUGCCUGGCCCACCUGGUCUUCCUCCAGACUACAUGUCUGAAGAAAAAUUACAGGAGAAAGGUGAGUUCAGUGGAAAGAUGGAGCUUCUAAUAUGCAUACAUUACAGGGUCAUUUAGUGGGAAUUCAAAGUGAAUUUCAGAUUUACGGUCAGGGAAUGUAUAGCUGACUUAGAGAAUUUUCCUAGUUUGGAUUUUUAAAACCAUACAUUUGAAAUUCACUUUCAAUUUAUUUUUAAUUCUUAUUUUAUUGAAUAAACCUGAUAAUGUUUUUCUUCUGUCCUCAUAAUUUCCAGCUUUGUUUGAAAACAUUCUUUGCAAAGGCCAUAUUGUGAUAGUCUUGCUAUUUUAAUAUUCACAUUCUCUCUCUUUCUCUUAUACAUUUUAUUUUUAAAAAACUUUUACUGAAGUGAGUGCUGUAUAUUAUUUUGCUAAUUAUUUAGCUUUGCUCAGUGAUUUUCCUUUUCUGAUAGACAAUAACUAAGUAGGCUAACAGAACUAAAGUAACAUUAUAUAAAGUGCUUUGUGUUGGAAAAAGGAAAUACAUUCAUAAAUUAAAUCAAACGUUAUUUGCAGCACGAAAAUGGCAGCAGCUACAAGCCAAGCGUUAUGCCGAGAAGAGAAAGUUUGGCUUUGUAGAUGCACAGAAGGAAGAUAUGCCCCCAGAACAUGUUCGUAAAAUCAUCCGUGACCAUGGUGACAUGACAAACAGAAAGUUCCGGCAUGAUAAAAGAGUUUACCUUGGGUAAGAAUGGUUUUUUGUUUUUUACAAAUCUGCUCUUUGACGUAACAAAUUUGAAGAAUCCCCUGUAGAAAAGGUUAUCACAUUAUCAUUACAUAAAGGGGAAACAGUUUGACAACUUACAUUGGGAUGGGUGCAUGCAGCGUCUUCUGAGUGAUGUGAUAUUUUACUUGUAUGGCAUGAUUGUGACCUCCCCAAUUCUUGUCUGUUCUUAGUGUUUGAUCAGAUUUUUAUAGUUAAACAAUUCAAUAUCUGCCUUGUUUUUUUUUUAACUAUUCUUAGUAUUAUUAACCUCUUAAGGACCGCUGAUGGUUCAGGAAGUCAUCGGAAACAUCCACUUGAGGACCGAUGACGGUACUGAACCGUCAUAACGGUAAUAUUUACCAACGAUUGGCGUUGCUCGGGGGGACAGCCUCAGACAGCACCCCCUCCCCCCCUCAGCAAAUUAGGCCCACACGGCCAUGUUAUCGCUAUAACAGAGCCGUCACAUGGCUACAAUACGCGUCCGUCAAUCUGCCAGCAGGAGGACUGCCUGAACUGACAGGCAGUCUCCCUGUAUGUGUAAAAUAAUUAAAAAUAUAAUUGUGUGUAUGUAUCUGUAUAUAUAAUAUAUUAUAUACACACACACACAAUAACUAUAUAUUGUGUAUAUCUAUAUAUUAUAAAAUACAAAUAAGUAAAAACCUGUAAAAAUAAUUUAAAAAUUUUGUUAUAUGUAAUUUUAUUCUAACUAUAUUUUGAUAUUAAUAUAUAUAAAUUUAUAUCAAAAUACACUUAGAAUGAAAUUUUAUAUAUAUCCAUAUACAAAAUUAUACAAAUAACAUAAAUAUGCAUUUUUCACACACAAAUGGCACUUUCAAGACUUAGAUAUACCACUGUUACAUCACCUGUUGUCUGUAUCAUGGUGUACAAUACAUGUUUUAUCCUUAUUCUGAGAAAAAUAAAGAAUGGGGAAAAAACAGCCCUGGUCCUUAAUGUACAACAAGGCCAAAACAGUCCGGUCAUGAAGGGAUUAAAUAACACAUAUUAUAGUAAUAAUAAUUUGUGUAAAAAUACCUUUGUUUUCAUAAGAAAGCAACACUGAACUUCAGGAACAUAUUCUGAAAAUGUAUUUUUGUAAUCUAAAUAAAUAAUAAUAUAAAUAAAUAUAUAUAUACACACACACACACAAUGAUACAUUGUACUUUUCUCAUGUAUUACAUUGUAGUUUUUGUUUUCAAUAUGUUUGGCUUGCUGCCUUUAAUUCACAGUAGUUACUCUUUGCUCUUGUUUUCCUUCUUAGAGCUCUGAAGUACAUGCCGCAUGCAGUCUUAAAAUUGCUGGAGAACAUGCCCAUGCCCUGGGAGCAGAUCCGGGAUGUACCUGUUCUGUAUCAUAUAACUGGUGCCAUCUCAUUUGUCAGUGAAAUUCCAUGGGUCAUUGAACCAGUCUAUAUAUCGCAGUGGGGGUAAGUAACCUAUAUUUACUAUCAGAUCGCCAAUGUUCUGUUGUACACUUGUAGUUUACUUAUAAGAGUAUCGUUUAAGCAACCGAGCUCUUUUGCUAAUGUAGCUUAGAGGGCUACAAAGCGUUGGUUCACCUCAGUGAUCUGCAUAUGUGUGCCUUGAUGAUGUUUAAAGGGAUACAAUAGUGCCACUAUAGGCUCCUGGAGUGCUUGCGCCCCAGCUCCCGUGGGGCUUACCCAAAUCCAGCGCCGAUGUCCUUCUGCGCUGGGUCAGGCUCCGCCCACAUUCCUCCCCACCAACAUCAUCUGGCAGGGAGACCUAAUGCGCAUUAGACCUCCCCAUAGGAAAGGAUUAUUCAAUGCUUUCCUAUGGGGAAAAUCUGACGCUGCAGGUCCAUGAGGACGUCCAGCGUCUGAUAACGGACCAAAAGUCUGUUUGUAUUCCGGAAGCCCUCAAGUGGCUGUCUGUUAGAACUGCAAUGUUUUACAUUCCAGCACAAAGUGCAAAAAGGACCCCGCACCCAGACAACUUCAAUUAGCUAAAGUGGUCUGGAGGCCUAGUGUCCCUUUAAAGUUUGAAAUCAACACUCUCUUUUUUUAUUUUAUUUAUUUUUAUAACAAAUUUCAAAAACAUUAAGGACUAAUGGAAGUGGUAGGCACAUUCUGCUAGAGCAAGCCUGGCUCUACUCUCAAGUAAAAUGUGCUGGUCAGCGCUCACGUGCACAAUUAGAGGCCCACAGACUGCCUGAUUUUCGGCCUGGAUAACUUGGGACGAAAGCUUUUAGCUUGUGCGGCUCAAAAUCUAAGACUUCUUGAUUCCUUGGCACAAAGUGAAAGUCUAUGCUAGAGACGAAGGGAAGAGCUUCAAAGGCUGUAGAAAGAGUUGCUCUUUUUAGCUAUACCCCCAAAUGGGAUAAAAUGCUGCAAUUAAUUCAUGCUUUCAUUGAGGUAUAUCUACUAAAUUGUCAAAAUAAAAUUCCAUUGACGGGUUCCUUUAAGAUUAAUGUUAUAAGUCAUUGUCUUUUUCCUGUUGACGUUUGCAAACGUUUUUUUUUGUUUUUUUUUAAAUCUCUUCUUAUAAGUCCCAUUCAGAGUUUAUUAAUUUCCAUUCUUCUCAUAGAUCGAUGUGGAUUAUGAUGAGACGAGAGAAGAGAGAUCGUAGACACUUUAAGAGAAUGAGAUUUCCUCCCUUUGACGAUGAGGAACCACCACUAGAUUAUGCUGAUAACAUUCUUGAUGUUGAGCCGCUGGAAGCAAUUCAGUUGGAGCUGGAUAACGAGGAAGAUGCUCCUGUCAUGGACUGGUUCUAUGACCAUCAACCUCUAAGAGACAACAGAAAGUAAAUGAACUUAUCUUAGAAUCUGAAUCAAAGAGGAAAGAAAGAUAUAUUGAAAUUGUCUAUAAGACACUUUAGGGGCUCUGGACGCCAACAUUGAUUCAUCAUUAGUGCCGGCUCUUUACUUACCGUUAGAACGACUUGACCGACACUAUCAUCACACAUCGUCCACUAGGAUAGGAGUUUACAGUCCUGUAUGAGGAUAACCUCCCUCUGAAUAUAGUUACCAUCACGUUCCUUCUGAUCAGUACUUUAGCGGACCGAUAAUAGGGAGGUGCAGCAACAGAGCAGGUUUUUGGCUAAGGAGUGCCCUCGAAGGCACUAGAGAUUUACUUUAAUUUAGGUAGAAGGAUUUAAUAUCAUCUGUGUAAAUAUUGUACCAUAGCAUAUUCACAAUACCUAUGGUGAUAUGUUUUUCUGCCCUCCUGCUUUAUUUCCAAUUACAUGUAUACAGUGAUACAAAGUAGCUAUAAUCGUUUGCUAAACUUCACAAGUUGCUACUUGUAUCCAUAUACAGAGCUACUGAGAACAUAAAACCAUAACACAAUAGUGUGACUAAUAUAAAAGCAAUAAUUACCUAAACUAGCAAGGACUGUCCUCCUAUAUUGUUUUUAUUUUUAUCUUUUCGUUUAUCCUACUUCAAUCACUUAAUUCUUUUAAAAGGAUUUAAUAAGUUAUAUUUUAUACACUCCUCUCACUAAGAAAUGACACACCAUUUAGGUAGAAAUGCACUUUUUUUUUUCUUUUUUUUUUUCUUUUUUUUAAAUUAUCUUAGAAUCUGAUUCCAAGUCAGUCCAUUAGUACAAACCAUACUGAGCAGUAACUAAAUAUUUUAUUUGUAUACAUUUUAAAAAAAACUAUUUGGGGUUAAUAAUUAUUUUAAUCCUUGUGUUCCUAUACAGUGUCUAAGUGAAUUUUUUUAUUUUUUUUAUAACUUUGCAGGUAUGUGAACGGGUCUACAUACCAGCGAUGGCAGUUUACUCUUCCAAUGAUGUCCACAUUGUAUCGACUAGCCAAUCAACUGCUCACAGAUCUGGUGGAUGAUAACUACUUUUACCUGUUUGAUUUGAAGGCCUUCUUCACCUCCAAGGCUUUGAACAUGGCUAUUCCUGGUGGACCAAAAUUUGAGCCAUUGGUUCGCGACAUUAACUUGCAGUGAGUGCAGUAUUUGAUUUAAAGGUAUGCGUUUAUUUUUAUUUGUAACUCCUAGUAACGUGUAUUGCUUCUUUCAGGGAUGAAGACUGGAAUGAAUUUAAUGAUAUCAAUAAAAUCAUUAUCAGACAGCCAAUCAGAACAGAGUACAAGAUUGCAUUCCCUUAUCUGUACAACAACCUUCCUCACCAUGUGCACCUAACAUGGUAAGUGAGAAAACUGAUGCCCUGUAAUACAUGUAUUGACAGUUGUUCUACUUACUGCUGUUAAUGCAUUUGUGAAUGACCAAUUUUGUCCUUUUAUCUUGUUUUAAAAGGUAUCACACCCCAAAUGUAGUUUUCAUUAAAACAGAAGAUCCUGAUCUGCCAGCUUUCUAUUUUGAUCCACUGAUCAAUCCCAUUUCUCACAGACACUCUGUAAAGGUGAGUUUUGCUGCAUUCUCUCUUCCUAAAACUCUGUUCUGGAUGUCAUAGAAUGUUACAUAGUGUAAAUUUUAGUAUAUAUGACAAUGUGCUGCUUAACUUCAUUUCUUGGACAUCUGUUAGAGUCAAGAGCCACUGCCAGAUGAUGAUGAAGAGUUUGAAUUGCCAGAAUAUGUGGAGCCCUUCCUUAAGGACACACCGUUGUACAGUGACAAUACAGCUAAUGGUAUUGCUUUGCUCUGGGCACCACGUCCCUUCAACCUAAGAUCUGGCAGGACACGAAGAGCUGUUGAUAUACCUCUGGUGAAGAACUGGUAAGGAUUAGUUAACAUUUUAGCGGUCUAUUGCAUCAGUCAAGUUUUAUAUGUAAAGUAUAUUUAAUGAGCUUAAUUAUUCAGGUAUCGAGAACAUUGUCCCGCGGGCCAGCCUGUUAAAGUUCGAGUCUCCUACCAAAAGUUGCUGAAAUACUAUGUGCUCAAUGCACUUAAGCAUAGACCACCAAAGGCUCAAAAGAAGAGGUAGGUUUGGCGAGUUUAAUAACUUCAUCUCUUGCAUGCUUCCAGACUCUUUCACUAAUGGAUGUUUUUUUUCCCAAUAGGUAUCUCUUCCGUUCAUUCAAAGCUACAAAAUUCUUCCAAUCGACCAAGCUGGACUGGGUAGAAGUUGGUCUGCAAGUUUGCCGGCAGGGAUACAACAUGCUGAACUUGCUAAUUCACAGAAAGAACCUAAACUAUCUUCACUUGGAUUAUAAUUUCAACUUGAAACCAGUGAAAACGCUGACCACAAAGGUUCAUAUCAAGUUUCUUCCACUUUUUUGCUUUAAAUUAGUUGGGUAGAUGUGUUCUUAACACUUGUACUCUGGUUUUCUAGGUGAACAAAUUCUUACUUGAAAAUGUUUUCAUAUAAAUAUUUCUUGUAUAUAAAAAUAUUUCUAUUGCAUUUGGUUGCUUGGAGAAUAAGGAUAAGGCUUCCUUCUCCAGAUGGUGCAGAACAUAAUUAAUAAUUGUGUGCUCUUAAAAUCCUACAGAUUUGCAUCAAUGUGGUCUUUUGAGUUAAAAAAGAUUAAGUGUGGUGGUGUGUGAAAAGUAUUAAGACAAUAAAAUAAAUAGAAUCAGAAUCUGUCUUUAAAACGUUCAACUAUCUUUCAGCUUUAUUAGCUCCCUUGUGUAUGUAAUACAAUCAAACUCCCUUCCACUGCUAUAAGGCGUAAAUGGCAUCUGACAUACCCCAAACAAUUUAUGAACUGUAGAUUAAGCAUAUGAUUUUAUUUAUACAUUGUGCUAGCAGUUUUGCUAGCAAAUGUAUAGACUUAGAGGGAAAAUACCAAUUUCCAGUCAACGUCUUGGCUUUUGAGCACUAAAGCUUGUUUUUCUGCAAAAUUUGUUGCUUAGAUUGUAAUCAUAGACCCUGGUUAUAUUAGGACUUGUAUUUUAACCUGUGUUUAUUUUAUCCCUGUAUAGGAACGUAAGAAAUCUCGGUUUGGAAAUGCCUUCCAUCUUUGUCGAGAAGUUCUUCGUUUGACUAAACUGGUUGUGGACAGCCAUGUGCAGUACAGAUUGGGAAACGUUGAUGCAUUUCAGGUAAUGCCUUUUUAUCCCUUACAGUGAAUGAACCUCUAAAUAAUUUAAUAGUUUUGUUUUGUGUUGGGAUCUUUGGUUUAUUUAUUUUACGUAAUCCUGAUGUCUUUUUGAAAUGACAUUAUUUUUAAGUGUUUGCUAAUGGUGCCGCGCAUAAAAUGGUGUUAUUGAAAUGGCUGUGUCUCUUCAUAUAGUUGGCAGAUGGCUUGCAGUACAUCUUUGCUCACGUGGGACAGCUUACUGGAAUGUAUAGAUAUAAAUACAAACUCAUGAGACAAAUCCGAAUGUGCAAAGACUUGAAACAUCUCAUAUACUACAGGUUCAACACAGUGAGUAUCUGAUCAUGUACUUUUUCUGCUCCGUGCCUCGCUCCCCCAGUGGUCUGUUCUAAUGUAAAUAAUUAUUUUUAUUACAGGGGCCAGUUGGUAAAGGACCUGGAUGUGGCUUUUGGGCAGCCGGAUGGAGAGUCUGGCUCUUCUUUAUGCGUGGAAUUACCCCUUUGCUAGAAAGAUGGCUUGGAAAUUUGCUGGCCAGACAGUUUGAAGGUUGGCUGGUUUUUAUGAGCAUUCUUUUUUGUUUUUUUUUCUGGUCUGUUUUAUUUUUUUAUUUUUUUUAAUAUAUAUUACCCAAUGCAUUUUUUUAUUACGUCACUUUGCAAGACUAAUAUUAAAAUGUUAAUUUUCAGGUCGUCAUUCCAAGGGUGUAGCAAAAACUGUGACAAAGCAGAGAGUGGAGUCUCACUUUGACCUUGAGCUCAGGGCAGCCGUUAUGCAUGACAUUUUGGAUAUGAUGCCAGAAGGCAUUAAACAAAACAAGGCCCGUACCAUCCUGCAACAUUUGAGUGAAGCAUGGAGAUGCUGGAAGGCUAAUAUUCCUUGGAAGGUAAAUGCUGGGAUGAUGGAAUAUAUCACACUCCACAAGGGAGAAGAGCAGCACACAGAUGUUAAUAUUAGACAAAUUGUGUACAAAUCUGUUUUUGUUUAGUGGUUAUUUUUGAUUGACUUAAAUGUUUUCCCAUUUACUUUUGUCCUUGUCAAGUUUAACUAUAGCACUUUACAGAAAUUGCUUAAAGCCACCAAUUGUUUUUAAAACUUUUUUUUAUUUAUUUAUUUUUUUUAAUUUUUUUUAGGUACCUGGUCUUCCAACUCCCAUUGAAAACAUGAUUCUCCGCUAUGUAAAGGCGAAAGCUGACUGGUGGACAAAUACUGCACAUUACAACAGAGAACGUAUUCGACGUGGAGCCACUGUGGACAAAACUGUGUGUAAGAAGAAUUUGGGACGUCUAACCCGUCUAUAUCUUAAAGCAGAGCAGGAGAGACAGCACAACUACCUAAAGGUGAUAUAAUAACAAGAAUACGAUUUCUAGUUAGUGGAAUGAUAAUUCAAAGCUGACUCGUAUUUUUUUUUUCAUUAUUUUUUUUAAGGAUGGACCUUACAUUACAGCAGAAGAGGCGGUUGCUGUGUAUACAACCACUGUGCACUGGCUGGAGAGCAGGAGAUUCUCCCCUAUCCCAUUUCCUCCUCUCUCCUACAAACAUGAUACUAAACUACUUAUUCUAGCUUUGGAGAGACUGAAGGAAGCAUACAGGUAAAAAAAAUCACUUGUCCUUGCAGAUUUUUAAGUAAUGGGGGGGAAAAAAUACGCUUUGCCACAGAAGUUACAAAAGGAACUUCCGAACCAUUGAUUAUAUAUAUUUAUUUAUUUUUUCCCAAAAUGAAGUUUUAAAUGAAACUUGGAAACUGUAGGAAGAGAAAAUUACUAAAGUGGAAAUUAUUUUAUUGUGGGGAAAAAAAGUAUAAUAUACCAUAGCAUUCUUAAAUUAUAGCAAGCAUAUUUGAAAUGCCACACAAAAAAAGCUGACAAUGCAGUGCAUUCUCAUUAGUAUAAAAUAGUCAUGUGUCUUGAAGAUUACACAUUUAAUUUUAGCCUCUUUUGUAAUAAACAACCUUUUUCAUUUCCAGUGUGAAGUCCCGUUUAAAUCAAUCACAGAGGGAAGAGUUGGGUUUAAUUGAACAGGCUUAUGACAAUCCCCACGAAGCCCUGUCCAGGAUCAAGCGUCACUUGCUCACUCAAAGAGCAUUCAAGGAGGUAAUUUCAUAAAACAGUCUUUGUUUUAUUGUUUUUAUAACCGUAUACUUUGUUUUAUUAAAUGCAUGCGCCGUGUUCUUUUCUCAGGUGGGAAUAGAGUUCAUGGAUCUUUACAGUCAUUUGGUCCCAGUUUACGACGUAGAACCUCUGGAAAAGAUCACUGAUGCCUAUUUAGAUCAAUACUUGUGGUAUGAAGCGGACAAGAGACGACUGUUUCCUCCAUGGAUCAAACCUGCAGAUACAGAGCCGCCUCCUUUGCUGGUGUAUAAGUGGUGUCAAGGUUAGUUAAGCUUCCACAAGCUAUCAUGGCAACGUUAACUAUAUAACUGUUUUUAUAGGAUUCAUACUUUACAAUUUGUAUACUUUGCUCAUUGCACUAAAUCAGCAUUUAAUGCUAUAUAUUUAUUAGUAUUCCUUCCUUUCUAAAAAUUCCUGACUCAUGACUUCCAAUUUUCUUUAUCGUAUGUUCCCUGUAACUAGUUUAUUGAUUUAAUGGUCCUUUUUAAUGGAAAGGCAGAUUUAAACAUCCCAUUUUUAGCUCUCAGGACACAUGUACUGUUUGUAGAGGGCAUUUGAGAUUAUUGGGGAGGGGGAAUAAUCUGUGAAUCUUAACUUGUUGGUGGCAUUGACAGGUGGUACUGAGGCAUUUUCUGGAUGAGGAAGAAAGAGUGCACUUUUAAAUACAAAGCUGCCAAAUGGUUUCUUCCAGCAAUUGCUAACACAGUUUAAUAUGAAAAUGCCUAAAAGUCAGCACAGUGGUCAUGAUGUAUAGUAGCAUUUCCUGUUAAGCAGCAAUGGCUGCAAAUGUUCUUUUCAAGUAGUUUAACUUUUGUUCGUCACAUUUCUUUAGGUAUAAACAACCUGCAAGAUGUAUGGGACACCACUGAAGGGGAAUGCAAUGUGAUGCUUGAGUCCCGAUUUGAGAAGAUGUAUGAGAAGAUUGAUUUGACUCUGCUGAAUCGUCUCCUACGUCUCAUUGUUGAUCACAACAUUGCUGAUUACAUGACAGCCAAAAAUAACGUGGUGAUAAACUACAAGGUAACAAUGUGUAGAAUGAAAGCCUUGUGGGUUCAGAAGAAUGCCUUGCUCUUUUUCGAUAACCUCAGCGCAAGUCUUUUUAAAAGUACAGAGAUACAAGUACUAGUUUGUCUUGUGGGCAUAUCCUCAUUAGUGGAAUAUCGGCAUAUAAAUAAAAAAAAAGUGUGUCUUUGUCAGUAUUUUCAAAACCCUGAUAACGCUUUGAAUUCUUGACAUUUUACAAUAUUAUUGUUAACCUUUUAGAUUCAGGAUCCACUGGAAGAAAAUGAAAUCAUAGUUAUACUCUUCCUUUUUACAAUCUAUGAAAUACUCCUAUAGAUUGUUUGAAUUUUAAUUUCAGUAGGGACUGAUUUACCUAGUAAUAAAGCCUCAAGCUUUGGCAAUAAGGCCCUGUCUUGCUCCUCACAAGGCAAUAUCUCUGGAGACUUCAUUCAUAGACAUCACUGUUGUAGCGCCAUUUGAAGAUGGUGUUUGUUUCUGCUACAUUCCUAUGCCACUGCGCCCACAAUGGUGUCUGAGCUCCUUUUUCAUUCAGCAAUUUAUUUUGCUGGAUUUAUCUUAUUUAGUGUUUGAAGCACAUUCAAUGUUUGAGAUCUGAGUGUCAAUAACGUAUUUUCUUUAACAGGAUAUGAAUCACACAAACUCCUAUGGAAUCAUCCGUGGACUGCAGUUUGCUUCCUUUAUUGUUCAAUACUAUGGGCUGGUUAUGGAUCUUUUGGUACUUGGAUUACACAGAGCCAGUGAAAUGGCUGGGCCACCACAAAUGCCAAAUGACUUUCUUAGUUUCCAGGAUGUGGCCACAGAGGCUGCUCACCCAAUCAGACUGUACUGCAGAUACAUUGAUCGUAUUCACAUCUUUUUCAGGUAUGAUCUACAUCUGUAGUUCCCUUUUUGUAACUCCUAAUCCAUUUUUCAUAAGUCCUCCAGAAACUCUGACCUUUAUUCCUUUGUCUGCCUUAAAAUCAACUACAGUUGUGCUCAUUUAACCUGUAUCAGCCUUCUUCUACAUUUCUCUUAUUUUUAAUUUGUCUAUUUAUACAUGUGUAGUAGCUAAUUACACCUAUGGUUAAUUAAACAUCUUGAUGUGUUUUUCUGUAGAUUUUCAGCUGAUGAAGCUCGGGAUCUUAUUCAGAGAUACCUUACAGAGCAUCCAGAUCCCAAUAAUGAGAACAUUGUGGGCUACAACAAUAAAAAGUGUUGGCCAAGAGAUGCCAGAAUGCGCCUCAUGAAACACGAUGUCAACCUGUAAGUGUCAAUUAUAGUCUUUUUAUUUCUAUUUUUUGUUGGUGUGUUAAUGAAAGCAGUAGAUAUGAAUUCUCAACUUGCCAAACUUCACGUUGAUGCAGACUCGUAUCUAAAUGACAUUAUAGGGAGGUGAUGUCUAACCUUCGUAACUACUAUUCCCGUGACAUUCGUCAAGACUUAAAGUCCUCCAUUUUUUUGUGGCCAGUGAAAUAGCCAAUUGUCUUGUGGGACUGGGCUUAGAUGUAGGUAAACUUUAUUAACCAUGAUGUUCAAUAAAUCACUGCUACAGAGGGCUAAAACAAUAUAUGCUUUAGUACAAACUGUUUGGACAAGCCCAAGUUAAUAGAAAAAUAGGUAAUUUGUAGCAAAAAAGAACUAAUUCUUAUCGCCCCAAUCAAAUAUGAUGGGUGGAUUUUCCCUGUGUACUUCUACAUAGAUUUUGUUUGGAUGAUAAAAAGGAAUCAUUGUAUGCCUAAUUCUGUCAUACAUACAUUACAGUUGUCCCCCUUCCUUUUCUUUACUGUUUUUUUAUUUAUUUAUUUUUUUUUUAGUGGAAGAGCUGUAUUUUGGGACAUCAAAAAUCGCUUGCCUCGUUCAGUCACAACUGUACAAUGGGAAAACAGCUUUGUGUCUGUGUACAGCAAAGAUAAUCCCAAUCUGCUUUUCAACAUGUGUGGCUUUGAAUGUCGCAUUCUUCCCAAAUGUCGCACCAGCUAUGAAGAAUUUACACACAAGGAUGGUGUCUGGAAUCUGCAAAAUGAGGCAAGAUUGUCCAACUUUCAUAACCUGAUGCUAUUGACUCUUAUUUAGUUAGGUUUUUUUUUUUGUUUUAUGACGGUAUGUUCUGCUUUCUAGGUGACAAAAGAGCGCACUGCUCAGUGCUUCCUGAGAGUGGAUGACGAAUCCAUGCAGCGAUUCCACAACAGAGUCCGUCAGAUUCUUAUGGCCUCUGGUUCAACUACAUUUACCAAGGUGUGCUCAUUUUAUUUAUUGGUUUUGGGAGGGAUUUUUUUUCUGUCUCUUCAUUAAAAACAAAAAACAAAAAAAAUGGAUGUCUAGCAAUUAUUCUAAUGGACAAAUUGUGCCUUCAGAUUGUGAACAAGUGGAAUACUGCACUGAUUGGUCUGAUGACGUAUUUCCGUGAAGCUGUGGUAAACACGCAGGAACUACUUGAUCUGUUGGUGAAAUGUGAAAAUAAGAUCCAAACAAGAAUAAAAAUUGGACUGAACUCCAAGAUGCCCAGCAGAUUCCCACCUGUUGUCUUCUACACUCCUAAGGAACUGGGAGGUCUGGGAAUGCUGUCCAUGGGACAUGUGCUUAUCCCACAGUCAGAUCUCAGGUAAUUUUAUCAGUUUUAUGAAAUACACAUCUUUCUUGUUUCUCUGUAAAUAUUAUGUGCAUUAGGCGGCUGCAGAAUAAGCGUCCAACAGUCCUUAUUUUAAGCUGUUUACGGUCAUGUGGCAUUUUUUAAAAUUUGUAAAAGUCUAGUUGUGUUUUUUGCAUAUAUAUAAUAUUCUCAUUUCUUCGUUGUGUUGAAUGUUUGCACUUCUGUGGAAUUGAUUUUACUGAUGUAUUGUGCACAAAUUUGAUUGGCCACUGAAACAGAAAAUUGGCAUAAGCUUUGCCCGUUGUCAGCUUGACUGUUAAACAUAGUCAAAAGUUGUCCCUACUUUUAUUUGUGUUUGUUGAUAACGAGAACAUUCAAGAAAAAUAGAGAUUCAGACAGGCACUUAAGUAAGCGCAGAUUAGAUAAAGGAUAUUUUUGGUUAUAGAGCUACUUUAAUAAUGGGUCUUUGAAUAAACAAUUUUAAACUAUUUUGUACAUUUCUCUUUUGGAUAGGUGGUCAAAGCAGACAGAUGUUGGCAUUACCCAUUUCCGUUCUGGCAUGAGUCACGAGGAGGAUCAGCUGAUUCCUAACUUGUACCGUUACAUCCAGCCAUGGGAAAGUGAAUUCAUUGACUCUCAACGAGUCUGGGCUGAAUAUGCCUUAAAGAGGCAAGAGGCUAUUGCCCAAAACAGGUAAAAACUGCUUUAUGUCUUAAUUUGAUGAUUCAUUUUGUGGAUAACUGUUAUUUACCUGCUAGUCACUUAUUUCAGACGUCUAACUCUGGAAGAUUUGGAGGAUUCUUGGGAUAGAGGUAUUCCACGUAUUAACACUCUGUUCCAGAAGGACAGACAUACCUUGGCGUAUGACAAAGGCUGGAGAGUUCGCACAGAUUUCAAACAGUACCAGGUAAAGCAUGUCUAAUUUUAGAUGAUGGUUUCUGACUUCAUGUUUUUCUUAGAAUCCCAAUGCUGAUAUAAUCUUAUGGUUUACAGGUACUAAAACAGAAUCCAUUCUGGUGGACACAUCAGCGCCAUGACGGAAAGUUAUGGAAUCUGAAUAAUUACCGAACAGACAUGAUCCAGGCUCUUGGUGGAGUUGAGGGAAUUUUGGAGCACACCCUUUUCAAAGGCACAUACUUUCCUACUUGGGAGGGUCUUUUCUGGUAUGAGAAAUAUUGCUUAAUCUGCAGCAUUUUAUCAGUUGUGGGGUCACUAUCACCAUUGUUAGGAUAUAUAUCCCCACGGGUGUGGAUCAGUAACUGACUUUGGAGCAAUAAAUCCUUGAUAUCCUGUAAAGAAAAGGUUCUGAAUGUACUGUGCUAUAUGAAUUAGCAAUAGAUUCAUAUUUGAAAAAUAUCCUAUACUUUUUUUGGCUCGUCAUGAUCUAUAUGGCAUUCUGGAAUACCAACUCAAAAAAGCCUGUAACUUUCACAGAUAUGACUGGCACAAUCUGUAAAUUGUCUACCACUUAGUUGAAGAUAAUGUCUACUUUUAAUAUCUUAUGCAUGUACCCGUGUCUUAUUUUAUUUGUAAACUUUAUUUUUAAUUGCUGUUUACUUGCUGUCAUCAGGGAAAAAGCUAGCGGCUUUGAAGAAUCUAUGAAGUGGAAGAAGCUGACUAAUGCUCAGAGGUCUGGUCUGAACCAGAUUCCUAACAGAAGAUUCACUCUCUGGUGGUCUCCCACAAUCAACAGAGCAAAUGUAUGUGUGCCAUCACAGCUGAGAAGUUUUGUUGUUUGUUUUUUUUAUUAUUUGAAUUAAUUCUUCAUGCUCACAUCAUCCCGUCUCUCCCUGUUAGGUGUAUGUCGGAUUCCAGGUGCAAUUGGAUUUGACUGGUAUUUUCAUGCACGGCAAGAUUCCAACAUUGAAGAUCUCCUUGAUUCAGAUCUUCAGGGCCCACUUGUGGCAAAAAAUUCAUGAGAGCAUUGUCAUGGAUUUGUGUCAGGUGAGUUGCACUUUAAAUCACUGUUGAAUAAUGUGAAAUUGUUUUACAACUUAAAAAAAAACACAAAAAUCUAAACCCCCACCAUAUUCUAUAAAUCUGCAGUUUGACACAAUGACCAAAGACUAUGUAAUGCAUUGCCAUCUGGUUUGAUCAUGCAGUAUUAUAUUACUUAAUGCAUUGUAUAUUACCAUAAUUUCCAGGGUUUUUUUUUUUUUUUUUUUUCUUUGCAGUACUAGUCAUUUAUUGUGUAGUUCUGGGCUGAAUAUUCUGUAACAUAUGAAACAUUUGUAGCAUUUUUUAUAAUCAGAUUUAUAUUUAAUUUAGUAGUAAAGAUUAAUGUGUGUAGGCUGAUUUCUCCAAAAUGUCAAGCUUGGUGAAAGUACAUAUGUUGGCACGGGAAAUUAUUGAGUAAAGCGUUAUUUAAAUAAAUGUAGACUGUUUACUGAAUCUAAAAAGUGUCAACUGUGUUUCAGGUAUUUGACCAGGAACUGGAUGCUCUUGAGAUUGAGACUGUUCAGAAGGAGACCAUCCACCCCAGGAAAUCCUAUAAAAUGAAUUCAUCUUGUGCAGAUAUUCUCCUCUUUGCAUCCUAUAAAUGGAAUGUGUCCAGACCUUCCCUGCUUGCCGAUUCAAAGUAUGUGGAUCAUUUUGCUUGAUUUCCUUUUUGUCAGUGCUUUAAACAUAGCUUUACUCCUGUUUGGAUUAAAAAUUAUUUUAAGUAACUCUUAAAGGGUCACUCCAGGCACCCAGACCAUUUCUGCCCAUUGGAGUGGUCUGGGUGCCAACUCCCACUACCCUUAACCCUGCAGUUUUUUUAUAAACUGCAAUAAUUACCUUGCAGGGUUAACUCCACUUCUGUGUCUAGCACAGACUUUCUGUGCUAGAGCGGUCGCUGGACGUCCUAACGCAGUGUGAGGACCUCCAGCGUCACUCUAUUCCCCAUAGGAAAGCAUUGAAAAGCAUUUUCAAUGCUUUCCUAUGGGGAGCUCUAAUGCGCAUAGGUCUCCCCGGCCGGCGGGCAGGAUCAGUCUCUCCCACCGACGUAAUGCAGAGGAGGAGUGGAGGAAGAAGCAGCGACGUGGGACGUCGCUCCUUCUGGUAAGUGGUUUUCACCCCUUCAGCAACCGGGGAUUGGGAGGAGGGAGAGGGGACCUGCACUGGAGUUUCCCUUUAACAUCCUAGCAUUGGCCAAUAAAUGCAACAGGGUGUGGAGCAAACACUGCAACUUUAUUUUAUUUUUUUUGGGUCAGAGCAUAGAAUUGUAUCUUCCUUGCUGUAAAACUUCAUAUUCGUAGAUAAACCAAUUUCUGUGUUAAAGGAAUUAAAAUUCUUGACUCCAACUCGUUUUACUAGAGAGAAAAAAAAAUUAAUGUGUAUUUUUCCCCAGGGAUGUCAUGGACAGCACCACCACCCAGAAGUACUGGAUUGAUAUUCAGUUGAGAUGGGGAGACUACGAUUCUCAUGAUAUUGAGCGAUAUGCCAGAGCCAAGUUCCUGGACUAUACUACUGAUAACAUGAGUAUCUACCCAUCACCUACUGGUGUUCUCAUUGCUAUUGACCUGGCUUACAAUCUGCACAGGUGAGAUUUUCUUUCAUAUAUAAUUUGCAGGAGUGUGAUUGUUGAGGGAGAGGGCUGUCAUUAUCUAUGUAAAUAUUUAAUUAAUUUUACUUUUAAAUACUUUCAGUGCCUAUGGAAACUGGUUCCCUGGUGGUAAGCCUCUAAUACAGCAAGCUAUGGCAAAGAUCAUGAAAGCAAACCCUGCUCUGUAUGUACUGCGUGAGCGUAUCCGUAAGGGAUUACAACUGUACUCCUCAGAGCCCACUGAGCCUUACCUGUCCUCCCAGAACUACGGAGAGCUCUUCUCCAAUCAGAUCAUCUGGUUUGUGGAUGACACAAAUGUGUACAGAGUGACCAUCCACAAGGUAUUUUUUUUUUAAACUUUUUUUUUUUUUUUUUUUUUAUGUAAAGCAUGACACUGUGUUGCUCAUUCAAAAACAGUGGAUUAAUGUUAAAAAAAAAUUAUUUUAUUUUUUAAAGGGGGAGUGGGGUUAUUUACUGUUUACUUGUUAUAAAUGGCCACUCCAUGGUUAUAAAUUCAGAACACUGUGUUGCCAAUACUGAACUACAUGCAUAAUCACCCCUUACUGUAUAUUUGAUUUAUGCCAGUUUACAAAUUACUUGAGUUCUUUAGACCAGUGGUGCCAAAAAGGUAGAUCCCUAUAUGUUGUAGAACUCCUAUGAUGCUUUGCAUGUCUUUAGAAUGACAAAGCAUCAUGGAAGCUGUAGUUUUAAAAACAUGUGGGGUUCUAAAUUUUGGGCACCCCUGUUUUAGACCAUUCUCUUGAGGGCAGUUAUAAUGCACAUCAUAUAGUUAUUUGUCAACUGCCUGUGCUCAACCUGGAAUGCUUUCUUCCAAAAACUAACUUUUUUUUACUAACCUUUUAUUUUUAGACUUUUGAAGGUAACUUGACAACAAAGCCAAUCAAUGGAGCCAUUUUCAUCUUUAACCCCAGGACUGGACAGCUCUUCCUGAAAAUCAUUCACACAUCUGUGUGGGCAGGACAAAAGCGUUUGGGUCAGGUAUGUAUAAAAAUGCAUGUGACUUUAUUGAUCUCUUAUAAAUCUAAUAAUACUAAUCCUCCUAUUUAAAUUGGAGAGCUGAUUAACUUUCAAAGAUCCUGCAAUGUCCCUUUUCUAUGUGUAUAUAUGUAAAUCGGGUUGUUUUUGAAACCCUAACGUACCUGCCAGAUGACAUUCCUUAGACUGAGAAAAAAAGUGAGUGUGAAGCUUUAUAAGCUUUUUUUAACAUAAUUAUUUAAACUUGUUGCCUAGAAGAUAAAUGGAUUACCCAUGUUUUUUGUCUUUGAGAUAAAACAGGAAUGUUAUCCUCUAAGUCAGUGGUUCCCAACGCAGUCCUCAGGUACCCCCUCACAGUCCAGGAUUUAAGGAUUACAUAGCUGUUUCUAAUGUGAUUUUAGAAAACGGAAAAAAACUAAACACUUUAUACAGAACAGGCUAAUCCCUAAAUCCUGGACUGGUAGGGGGUACUUGAGGACCGGGUUGGGAACCCCUGCUCUAAUUAAUUGGUCAAACAGAAUUAACUAAAUGUUUAAAAAAAAAAAAAGUGAAAAUUCACUAGUAAUGUUUUUCCAACUAUUGCUAUUUUUGUUCUAGGUUUCAUUUCUUUUGUUCAUAGUUUAGAAGGAAAACGUUUAAUUUAUACAGAUUUAAGUUUUGGACUCAAAGCCCUUCGUUGCACCCUCUUGAAAUGAAUUUCUAGAUGUUAUUUUAGCUACUUUCACGGUACAUUUAACUUAGAAUUUUUCGUUGUGUUUUUUUUUUCUAGCUGGCAAAAUGGAAAACUGCAGAAGAAGUGGCUGCUUUGAUUCGAUCACUGCCUGUGGAGGAACAGCCAAAGCAAAUUAUUGUUACAAGAAAAGGAAUGUUGGAUCCUCUUGAGGUAAGUUGUGUUAGAGGAAUUUCAAAGAAAAGCAAAAACUCAUUAUAUAUAACCUCUAAAGGGGAUAUCAUUGGAAUAUGUGUGUUUUUGGGACCAUUAUAGGUUUUUGGUUGUAACUUUUCCAUAUUUGAAUUUAAGGUCCAUUUGCUGGAUUUCCCUAACAUUGUAAUCAAAGGAUCUGAGCUGCAGCUGCCUUUCCAGGCAUGUCUGAAGGUGGAGAAGUUUGGAGAUCUGAUUCUGAAGGCUACAGAGCCUCAGAUGGUUCUCUUCAAUCUCUAUGAUGACUGGCUGAAGACCAUUUCUUCAUACACGGUACAUGUCAAUCUGUUACGGUACAUUUUAAGAAAUUUUAUGUGGUCGCAUGAGUCAAAGUAAAAUUUAGAUUUUCCUUGUUUUCCAGAAUAUUAAGUCAGUGCUUUUAAAAUUGUAUUGCUAAGGGCAAUAAAUGUUGUUCAGGUUUUAACACUCUAAUAGAAUUAUGCCAUCUUUGAAUUUUGGAUGGUUGAUCAACCUUGAAAGAACACUGUUAGAUUGUGUUCGCAGACUUUGCUGUUUUCAUAAUCCGUUACUGUGAGCCCUUCGAUUACUGCUUCUAGUUUAUAUAUGCAUCUGCUCAGUCUCAUUUUAAUAUAUUAGACCUUAUUCUACAGCAACAAUUCCGUAUUUUAACUUUAAAAAAUUGUUUUAAAUAAAUUCACAGUCCUAAACAUAAUAUCUCCUAUACAGGCAUUCUCUCGUUUGAUUUUAAUUUUGAGAGCCUUGCAUGUCAAUAAUGACCGGGCAAAGGUCAUUCUAAAACCAGACAAAACUACAAUCACAGAACCCCAUCACAUCUGGCCCACACUAACCGACGAAGAAUGGAUUAAGGUUGAAGUGCAACUGAAGGAUCUGAUUUUGGCUGAUUAUGGCAAGAAAAAUAAGUAAGGAUCACGCUAUAAUUAACUUCUGGUUGUUAAUUACUUCUUAUGUAAUCAAUCAGUUAAUGUAGUCAAUACUUUAUCUAGUUCCUAUUAAAGGAAAUGUUUAAAAGAAAUGUCGACACACAAACAUAGUGGUUUAAAAUGUUUUGGACAGACCAUGAGGAUAACUCUGUACCAAAGAAGUACCUUUCAGUAGCCAAAAGCAGUGUGCACUAUCCAAGAUAGCUUAACUCGAACACUAACUUUGUUUUUUCUCUCUCCCUAGUGUGAAUGUGGCUUCCCUAACACAGUCUGAGAUCAGAGACAUUAUAUUGGGUAUGGAAAUUUCAGCCCCAUCCCAGCAGAGACAGCAGAUUGCAGAGAUUGAGAAGCAGACGAAGGAACAGUCCCAGCUCACUGCUACACAGACCCGUACUGUCAACAAACACGGAGAUGAGAUAAUCACAUCCACAACCAGCAACUACGAAACACAGACCUUCUCAUCCAAGACAGAAUGGCGUGUCAGGUAAAUGGGCAGGGAAUGGAAUAAUAUAUGGGCAGUUUUUCUGUCUCUGUUGUAAUCUAGUCUGACAGCUAGUACUGGAUAGGGAAAUUGCUGUAUCCAGUAUUUUCUUCUUUUAAUGUAGAAUUGUUCAGUCUAUCAGAGAAACUGAAACCCGUAAUCCCCGCAAUUAGCUUUUCAUUAUUAGGCAGUUGUAAAAGUGACACAACUUGGUUAUGGUCGAUUUUAUGUGCUAAUUUGUAGCAGUACAGAUUGUUCAGGACAAAAACGUUAAGCUUUCACGAUACUAAACAGAAUAUUCCUAUGUGCAUAUAAUCCGUGGCGAGGAACUGUGCACAGAGUUAAAUCAAUGGUUUCAGGAGUUAGCCUGUGAAGAUAUUACACUCUUUAUUGUAAUAAACUUCACUUGUGCCAUAAACAAAUUGUUCUGUGGAAAACUAUGUUUGAUUACUGGUUUAAUUUUGAUCUUUUGUUUUGCCUUACUUAAUGACGUAGUAGCUGUUGUUUGUUUUUACUCAAAACUGGUGUAUUGAACCAAGUUAAGAUUGCUUUUUUGAUUUAAAGACCUGACCAUCACCAUAUGUAGCACUGAAUGACUAUAUGCUUCACACUGAUGGCUUUUUCCUUGCAGAGUGCAUUGUAUAUAAAAUGAACAAUAAUACACCACUAACUAGUGAAAAUGUAGAGUACAGCCAAAUGCAAAAAAAUAAACAAAACCUACUCUCUGUCUUUUCUAAUUGCUAAAUGCUUUUUCCAAAUAGGGCGAUAUCUGCAGCUAACCUUCACCUGAGAACCAAUCACAUUUAUGUGUCUUCUGAUGAUAUUAAAGAGACCGGGUACACCUAUAUAUUGCCCAAGAACGUCCUGAAGAAGUUCAUUUGCAUCUCUGAUCUUCGUGCUCAGGUCAGUGAGAAUUCUGUAAAAACUCUCCGUUGUGAAUAAAUUUUGUGAGCUUGAAAUGUGAAACACAAGAUAUGAUCUGUGGAAAUUCUUAUUUACAUGUAGUUUGAUCUACUAUCGUUAGUUCUUAUCCAGGAACACCCUCAAAUGUACAAGUUAUGUGUGACUGCCCUUGUGCUUAUUUUUUGCAAUGGUCUAAAUGUGGUGCAGUUGAUUGUUCAGCUGUUUUUUUUUUUUUUUUUAAUAGCUUGCCAAACUUCAAGUAUUGAUUUAUGUUUUUGUCUAUGUUCUUAUGUAGAUUGCGGGGUAUCUGUAUGGUGUGAGCCCACCUGAUAACCCUCAAGUAAAGGAAAUCCGGUGUAUUGUUAUGGUGCCACAAUGGGGAACACAUCAAACUGUACAUCUGCCCAACCAAUUGCCACAGCAUGAAUAUCUAAAGGUAAGAUCGGAUUCAUAGGGUUGCAUGAGGAAUAGCAGGAAUACUGAUUUUUAUUAGAAUAAUGCUUUUUACAAAGUAGCAAUUGCAAAUUUUUGGAUAAAGGUUGAUGACAUUUUGUGUAAUUUAUUUCAUGUAAUAAAAUUAUAAAUACGUGAAAUAUAGAGAGAAAGAAACCUAUCAGGGAGAAGGUGUCAGGUUACUCUAAGGUAGGGGGGAUAACCCCCAGAAUGAAUAAAGUAUAGAAAGGAGAAACAAAAGGGUGAACCAUUUAGUAGGUGAACCCCUCUGAAUAGCAAGUAACCCAAAUAAAACGUAACGUUUAAGUAUUUUUUAUAUAAAAUGUAGUGGAAAUACUAAGUCUCAAUAUAUAGUAGGAGUAAGCAUAAUAAGUAUAACGUCUGCCUUUAAUAGGAGAAAUAAAUUCCCCAUAAUUACAUAAAGAAAAUUGAGUGAGAUUAUAAAAGUAAUAUUAUCUAAAUAAAUAUACAGAAAAAGUAAAUGGACAAAUAAUAAUAAUAAUAAAAAAAGUAAAAUAAAAAAUUAAAGUCCAAUAAUAUCUCACUGUGAAUCAGUGGUAGUUAGAAGCUUAAAGGGACUCUCCAGGCAGCUUGUUUUACUCACCUGGUUCCAGUGCCGGGACCCUCGUGAAGCUGCACCUCUUAUUCGUCAAAAUGACGAAAUAGGCGGGCACGACCAGGGAGCAAUCAGAUGCUUCCAUUUGGAAGCGUCAUUGCUCCCUUGUGGGCAUUCACUUCUUUGCCGCACAUGUGCACAUACUUCAUAUAAAGUCCUGAGCGCACUACUGUCUUUGCCUGCCCCCUCUCCUCUGCUGACAGGGAGGAGAGAGAAGGCGCGCACACAGUGCCUUCUCUCUGCUGCACACGUCAGACGUAUUUUAAUACGUCUGACGUGUACAUGGCCUUUUUAGGGCCAUAUAUGAUAGGAAGUCCCUCUGGAGGCCGUCUGAGUGAUGGCCACUGGAGGUAUUCCUAUCAAUGUAAACACUGUAUUUUCUCUGAAAAUACAGUGUUCACAUUAGAUUGCCUACAGGGAGCUAUAGAUCUCACCUGAACAACUACAUUAAGCUGUAGUUGUUCAGGUGACUAUAGUGUCCCUUCGAAUACUGCAAGGGGUAGGUACACGGUUUGCAAAAAAUACUGCAAAUCGAAUACUGCAAGGGGUAGGUACAAGGUUUGCAACAAAUGUAACAACAAGCUGAAAGUUACAUAUGUUGCUUGUUUAAUAAACCAGAAGGAGGAAAAUGAUUUUUUAUUUUUGUUUUUUGUUCUGUGGUUUUGUUUGACGAACUGCAUUUACUUUACUAAGAGGAGGAGAGGGGGUUACUAGCAUUUUUUUUAAGGGGUGCCCUCGAAGGCACAGUAGAGUAGGGAAGCUAGUCUUUCUAUUAGCUUUCUCUCCUUAGAAACUACUACGAUCUUCUGCAAGGCUUUACGUUUUGCCACAAUACAUUGUAUCUGUAAUCAUCUUCCCCCUUCUAACUACCACUGAUUCACAGUGAGAUAUUAUUGGACUUUAAUUAAUUUUUUAUUUUACUUUUAUUAUUUAUAUUUGUCCAUUUACUUUUUCUGUAUCUUUAGAUAUUACUUUUAUAAUCUCACUCAAUUUUCUUUAUGUAAUUCUGGGGAUUUUUCCUAUUAAAGCAGACGUUAUACUUAUUCUGCUUACUCCUACUAUAUAUUGAGACUGAGCAUUUCCACUACAUUUUAUAUAUAAUAAUUAUUAAAAGUUAAGUUUUAUCUGGGUUACUCGCUAUUCAGAGGGGUUCACCUACUAAGUGGUUCACCCUUUUGUUUCUCCUUUCUAUACUUUAAUUAUAAAUACGUAUUUCAGUGGAGAGUUAAAUUGAGCAUUUUAAAGAGAGGGUGAGAAAAUGUGGGGGGGGAGGGGGGUGGAGACUGAUUGGAGAUUAGGGGACAUACCCAGGAAGAUGUAGAGGGGCUAUUUGGAUGAAUAGGACCCACGUCUCACAUGAGGGACUUAUAGGUGGAGAAAGAUGUUGUAGCUACAGCUCCAAAUGGAAUGUCUCUAAGGUUUAUAUUUAAAAUCCAUGGCUGCCAAUAACUUGAAUAGAAGCUUUUGAGGCUUUCCAUAAAUCUUGUUGCAUCAAACUUUGGACAUUGUUUGUUCUGUGGAAGGAAUACUACUUUAUGUUUAUCAAUAACUGAGCAGAUGACUCUACGACUAGUCUAUGUAAUCUGUCACCAUUUUGGAAGCUGUGCAGCUGCCCUUAAAUGAUGUGGAUUUCCUAUCUAGAUUGAGAGAUUUUGAAUACAUUCUUCCAGAGACUAUUAAUGUGACAGAUGUGUUCAUGAGGUUGGUUGUUGAUCAUAUCUGACUCCUACUUCUUGAUAAAUUAGAGAAAUUAAACUUUGAUUUGUUCAGAAGUAGGUACUAAUAGAAAGUAGAAAUUGAAAAAUCGUCUGUGUAUGUGAGGCAAGCAGCUUCAAAAAGAGUGGGCAAUUUGUUGGGAGUAUUAAAAGUAUAUUUUAGUAGCAAAUGUUUGUGUGGAGAGUUUGAAUUUGCUAACAUCCCAGAUAGAGGAAUUCUUCGUGUCUGCCCAUCUUUUGAACUGCAUGUAAUUUUAAUCUUUUUUUUUCUUCUUUUCUUUCUUUCUUUAGGAAAUGGAGCCUUUGGGAUGGGUUCACACUCAGCCAAAUGAGUCUCCACAGCUGUCGCCUCAAGACGUCACCACUCAUGCCAAGAUCAUGGCAGAUAAUCCAGCAUGGGAUGGAGAGAAAACUAUAAUUAUCACGUGCAGGUACAUAAUAUUCCAUUACAAUUGGAACUUGUGGAAUAAUUUAAGUGGCACUUUGUAAAUCAUUUUAUCAAUGUUUGACUCCUCUUUUUCACUUUGAAAUCUGGUAUCUUCCACAUUUAUCUUCCUUUCAUGUAGAACAGUGUAACCUUAUUGGUACUUAACUAACAAAGUGGUUUGUUUCCAGUUUUACACCAGGCUCCUGCACACUGACUGCCUAUAAGCUGACACCCAGCGGGUAUGAGUGGGGCAGACAGAAUACAGACAAAGGUAACAAUCCCAAAGGGUACCUGCCUUCUCAUUAUGAAAGAGUUCAGAUGCUGCUUUCUGAUCGCUUCCUUGGAUUCUUCAUGGUGCCAGGACAGUCAUCUUGGAACUACAACUUCAUGGGUAAGUGUAGGCUAUUUCUCAGUAGAGUUGGACUUUUUCUAAGCGACACAAAUUGCUAAAGUGGAAAUAAAGCAUUUUAAGUUGCUUUGACCCUUGCUUGGGUGAAUCCAUCACUACAGCAGUGGCAUUUGCAAGUUUGUAUUGUCAUAAAUAAAAAUACAUCCAUGUUCUAUAUGCUGCAGAAAAGUAAACCUAUGUUGUAUUUUUUUUGUUUGUUUUUUUUUUUUUUUUAAAUAGUAAUAUAUAAUAUUUUUAAUAUUUUAAAAAAAAAAUCUAAACAAUUCUUAAAUUAUUGUAGAAAGUUAGUUUAAAUCAAGAAAAACUUUUAAAUGCAAUCAAUUCCUAAGUCCCAUUAGUGACUCAAAAGUCCUGUAUACUUUUCCUGCAAGUUUUUGACCCAUAUUUUGAGGUCUUGGUUAGACUGGUCUUAUUGAAAUGUUGUAGUCAGUCAGUCACUUGGCAGAAAUUUAUUUGAAUUUGUGAAAAGAACGGAUUUUGGCACCUGGAGGUUGAAGUCUGCAAAUAGGUCCUUGGUUCCUUCCAAUUAUGAUAAAACAAAAAAAAUGUUCGGGAUGAGUUUUUGCUUUCAGUAGGCUAUUAUUAAUGAGAAUUAAGGAAUUUUACUGAAAUCUGAUUUGAUUGCCUCUUCAUCAUAUAACUGUCUUUCAGGUGUAAGGCAUGAUCCAAACAUGAAAUAUGAGUUACAGCUUGCCAACCCUAAGGAGUUUUACCAUGAAGUUCACCGCCCAUCGCACUUUCUGAAUUUUGCCCUGUUGCAGGAGGGUGAGGUGUAUUCGGCUGACCGUGAAGAUCUAUACCAGUAAAUCCUGUACAUAAACACUUCUGUGGAUGACUGUUGAUAUUCAACAUAAAGGCUUUUAAGCAUUUGUUUAGAAUCCUUCUGCUAUAAUAGUGUCUUUUUGCAGCAAUUUUUUUUUUGUCUUGUUCACUUUUUCUUUUAUCUAAUUUUGCUGCAGCCGUGUAGAAAUUCAAUACAGUUUCUCAAUAUCUUAAGAAGAUAUUGUGUGUGUUAACUAUGUCGAUCCAAUAAAAAGUUUUUAUAAAUAUGAUUGUGUUUUUGUUUAUAUUUUUUAAUACCUUUUUUUUUUGCUUUCCUUUGCACUUUAAAUAGAUGAUUCAAUAGUUAAGUGUUGUUCUGGUGACUUUUUACUUGCCUGGAAAACUGACUUUUAGAUGAGAAUAAUGGGAUUUGCAUAUAACUUUAUCCCUAUCUAAACGUAUAACACAGCAGGUUGUGAUGUCAACAAUUUUCGAGUGGUUUGACUAAGAAGGGGCAACCUGAAGCCUGAACCAACCUUCGUGUGAUGAUUAAAUUAAUGUUUUUCUUUUAACAUAUUUUUGAUUGUCAUUCUAUUGUAAUCCAUAAGAGUUAACAAGCUGAACAUAUGGAAUUUAUACUUGGUAACUAGGUUUAUAUGCCAUUUAUUACCCUUAUUAACGCUGAUGGAUUUCAAUACUAUCUAUAUCAGGGGUAGGCAAUCUUCAGUAUUCUAGAUGUUAUGGGCUAUAUCUCCCAUAAUGCUUAACUGCCAUAAUUCUGGCAAAGUAUCUAGAUUCUAGAGAGAUGUCAGCAAGAUAUGAAGUUCCAAAGGGUGCCUAACCCUGGUUCAAAUGCUGAUGAUACUUUAGCGCUCCUCCCCUGACAUCCUGGAAUGUGUUGCAAACUGCCUCAAUUCCAUUUCUUACUGAAUGUUUUCCCAUUUUCUAAAAUUUAAUGUUUCGAAAACAUCUUUCCCCCUUCAAAUUGUCCACCUCCAUCUAUCUCUCUGCACAUUAAUGGGAUAUCUAUUACCCCAAGCCUCACAGUUCCCAUUCAGUAUGUAAUGAAUGCUGCCUCAAGGUUUAUCUUUCUGGCUGACCACUACUCACUUUGCCAAUCAUUACAUUGUAUUCCUUGUACCCUUCAUGAUCAUUGUUGUACUGGUAACUUUAACCUACAAGGCCCUCAAUAAUUCCACUUCUCACUACCUUUCUUGCUCGGCUAUCAAAUACAUCCCUUCUUGUUCGCUUCACUGCGCAAGUGACCUGAUCUCUCCUCGGUUCCGCACUUGCCAACUCUCACAUGCAAGAUUUUUCUUGGGCUGCUCCAUUCCUAUGGAAUUCCCUUCUCAAAAGAAACCUGACUCUCCCCUAGCCUCCAGUCCUUUAAAAAGUGACUGAAAACACACUGCAUUAGGAACUUCUACAAUCUUGCUCCUCUCAUUUCAAUUGCCCUCCUCAUUUCCCUCAUCUCCAUAGCCCAGCUAACUCUCUCUUCUUCCACAUAUCACUCUUACUUCGACACAGGCAUUUUAUCUAGCAAUUUCUCCUUAUUUCUGACAUGCUGUUAUUCCUCAUGUAUGAAAAAACCUCUUCCUCGUAGAUUGUAAGCUUAUUCGUGCAGGGCCUUAUUUAUUUAUUUUUUUAAAUGUAUACAUUAAGGAAUCAAGAUGCAAUCUUACAAAACAAACAAUAAAUUAUACUAUAUUAUAUUAUUUCUGUUAAACAUGCUUUCUGAAACAUUUGUUUAAUAAUAGUCUGUUAAAUGAUUUCUUUAUUUUUCCAAAACCAAAAAUAAAAAGUCUGGACCACAAUAUCUGAUCAAGUGUAGAAAAAAAGAAAUACUAACAAUCAAAUUACAAAAGGUUGGCACACUACCUUUAAAGCUCUUUGCGAUCAGUCAAGAAAACCGUAACCAUGAUUUAAAGGGACACUAUAGUCACCAAAACAACUUUAGUUUAAUGAAGCAGUUUUGGUGUACAAAUCAUGUCCCUGCAGUCUCACGGCUUAAUUCUCAGCCAUUUAAGAGUUAAAUCACUUUUAUGAACCCUAGUCUCACCUCCCUGCGUGUGACUUGCACAGCCUCCCUAAACUCUUCAUGUAAAGAGUCAUCUACAGUUUAUCCUUCCUUUAUUGCAAGUUCUGUUUUAAUUUAGAUUUUCAUAUCCACUGCUAUGUUAAUAGCUUGCAAGAGCCUCCUGUAUGUGAUUAAAGUUCAAUUUACAAAGAAAUAGAUACAAUUGUUUAAGGUAAAUUACAUAUGAUUGGCAAGUGAAACCAGUUUUUGUUCAUGCAGGCUGUGUCCAUCAGAGCCAGGGGAGGUGUGGCUAGGGCUGCAUAAACAGAAACAAAGUGAUUUAAAUCCUAUAUGGCAGUGAAUUGAGUAGUGAAACCUGAGAAGCAUGAUCUAUACACAAAAACUGCUUCAUGAAGCUAAAGUUGUUUAGGUGACUAGUGUUUCUUUAGCGAUGUGCUUCGGUUAUUUGGCUAUUAUAAAUAUUUCUAUGCCAGACUGAAUGUUUUGUGUGACGAGAGCAAUCUCUGCACAUUGCAUUGGAGAAGCCUGGUUGCUCGCCUGUUGCCUUUAGACUAUGGCCCCAUGUUAAAAGACAUAUUUUUUUUACCUGCAGAAAAGACUUAUUCGUUCUUUUCUGCCUGGUGUUCGGUAGAUUCAAUCUACUGAACAACCGCACGAAUGACUGGACCACCCGGGAGCUGGAGUGUGCCGGCAAUUAGCCUCCGCAGCUUAAUUGACGGAUGCUGGGUGGCCGCCAUUCGUAUCACGAACACGAGGUCGCGGCCAUUUUAAACAUGCAAACGCACAGCGGUGUUCGACGCCUCACUCAUGGAACUAAAAACGGACACAGUUUGGCGCGAACACCGCUGAAGCCGCCGACCUCCCUUCUUGUUCGGCGGGAGUGCAUGAACGGCCUGGCGUUCGGGAGUUUUACCUGACUAUGUUAUACCCCAGAUAGGAAUCCCAUGGAGCCCAUUCGUAUGAGAAAUGACUGUGUAAAGACUUUGGCUCCAUGGUCUGAGCGCCAUUCGCUUAAUAAUCUGGGCUAUCUGGGGAUAUGUUAAAUGUAUGCUUUUAAUGUUGUAUGUCUCACAUAGUGUAUUUUCAUAGGAAUUACUGUUUUAGUAUCCCCACGUGCAUAAUGGCGAUUUGCCUUUGUCUUGGGAGAUAAUUGAAUUACUUCUCAAUUAUCUCCAAGGCAGAGGGGAGAAAGCCAGGAUGCAUUGUGGGAAUAAAAUGUGACUGUGUCCUGUUUGGCUGAUUGUCUGUCUUUUGUCACAGUCUCCCAUUUGGUCCCCUAGGGGAGUGUCCACCAGGUGGGAGACCUGCAUAAAUACUGAGCAGGUAGCCCUCAUUAAACAGACCACUGCUUGACCCCCAACACGGAGCCUUGUCUCGUCUUUGGGGGGAUUUACUGAACGCUGAUAGAGACUGAUUGCUAGGAGUGUAAGCCGUUUGGAUGCUUUUCCUAUUCGUCUGCUAGCAGCGAUUCGUAUGGUUCCAGUUCAUGUGUUUGGAGUGUUACAUUGGAUGCCGUUCGGGAGUUUGGAGCAUUCUCUUAUUGGCGGUUCGUGUGUUUGGUGUUUUACAAUAGCUGUGCCUGCAUCUCUGGAAAGGGGGACGAUCGCCUAAACGGUUUUUACCCCUAGUGUGCAAAACGGUCCGUUACAUUUGGUAAACAAGAAUCCAAGAUGUGAGCGGGUAUUGAAACGGUACAAUAGGUUUGGAAUGUUAAUUUCCUGGUAAUCAUGGCAGCAUCACUUAUGGGUAGCUCCUCCCUUAGCAGUCACAGGACAGGAAUUAAUUAGACUGAUAGGUAUAAAGAGUCCCUCCUCCCCUUACACCUCAGUCUUUUUUCCUGUCAGCUGGUUCUACAGGACUUUUUACAUUUAAUUUUAUGGCUACCUUCCUGCGUUUGUCGUGGGUUCGUUCCAAAUGAAGUGCAGCCUCUCUUCAUUUGAAGGACCCAGUAAACAGCCUGCAUGAGCAGGACUAACUGGGUCAGGUUUAGUGUAAGUACUGAACUGCUGCGUGGGAUUUGGUGUUCUGAGGGAAACACGGCUACAGGUAAUCUGUGAAUAUGGUGGCCGUGUUUGGAAUCCAUAGGAAGCGUAGUUUUCUUUGCCAUAUGAAUCACAGCAGUAUCAAUCUUAGGAACUGAAUCCCAUAGGCAGCAGUCCACGGCAGAGAAAGGAUAGAUCCUCGUGAUUUUAUUUUUCAAGGUGGAUUUCCUUUCUGGCUUAUUCCAUUCUUGAAGGAUUAUGUCCCUGAUCGAGGAAUGCACCGGGAAGGUAUGUCUAUUCAGUUUUAGGUCCUCAAAGAACCUGUCAGCCUCUCUCAAUACAGACUUUUCUUCUGUGAGACUGAGUGUCUCUGAGAAGGGUAAUAAGCCUAUCAAUAGACUUUGAGUCGAGAGACCUGGAGGUAUAUUCAACUUCCUCCUGACCAUCAUCUGAGACCUCCCACAUAUCAAUGUCUUCUCCAGAGACUUAAAGCCCUCCGCAAUAGCUUGGGAAAUCCAGAGCUUAAGGUCAUCUUGUGGGGAACCCCCACUGGGGGCAUCUGCCGCUUCCAAUAAGCAUUCCCUGCAAAGGUUCAUUCCAAUGCGGAGCAGGCGACGAACAAUUAAUGCAUUUGUUGGACUUUUCCUUUGAUUUCCUUGCUGGAGAAUCCAGAUGCUUGCUGGGGCUGAAAUAAAGCCAUAUAUAAACAUAUUACAGGCUUAGCUUGGCACUCUUUUAACAACCCCCCCAUAAAAAAAAAAAAAAAUUAAUGGCUCACCUAUGUUUUCUAGAGAGGGAUCUUGCAGAGGCAGAGGGAGAAUCCAUACUACAAAUGAGAAUCAAAGGAAAUUCAAAACACCAUUCCCAAUAAAAAGGCCAGAGGCAAACUGACCAGUAAAUAAAAAACAACAAGAAACACAGAAGAAUUGGCUCCAUGGCAUAUCUCAGAGAGCCUAUGGAAAAGCGUGUGGAUGGUGAUUUGAUUAAAGCCUACUUGGCCCUGGGCUCCGCCCUUCAUCCGGCAGUAGCACUGACCACUCUCUCCCGGGCCUUAAGAGUGUGGCUCACAAAUUUGGAGGAGGACAUUGAUCGGGGUGUCCAUAGGGAACAUCUUUUGGAGAGCCUCAAAGACUUUAGGGAUCUCCUAUUUGGCAAAAUCCUGGAGGAUGCUAUUCAAAAAACUGCUGAGGGGAAAAAAGCAUUUUUUUAAAAUUCUCCUUCUGGAAGAAUAAGCGCUUCAAGGAUCGGUCCUUUCGGGACAGCCGGAGCUAUAAACCAGGAAGGGAGUAUUCCAGAAAUUCCUCAUGGAAAUCUUUCUCACACUCUUCUUCCAAAAAAGCUUCCAGAGGAAGAGGAGCCAGAACCUCUGGGAAGAACUUCUGAAGGUCUUCAGGCCCGUUCAGGGACUGUGGGAGGAAGACUGAAGUUCUUCUACCCCGUGUGGGCCAAAAAUAUUACGGACGUGUGGGUCACAUCUCCUCUUGCCCAAAAUCCGCUUUCUUAAAAAAAUCCAGGGUGUUGGCAGGCAUCAAACGAAGGGCAAUGAGGACCUACAUUUCGACUCUUCUGGAACAAACAGUGGUGGAAGAAGUUCCAGGACAGGAAAGGUUCCUUGGGGUUUACUCCACAGUGUUCUUGGCCCCAAAACCCCAGGGAAAGUGGCGUCUCAUCUUGAAGGGUGUAAACUCCAUGCUCGACGUAAGAACAUUCAAAAUGGAAUCUUUACAGUCCAUCUUGAAGAGCAUCAAAAGAGGAGACUGGAUGACCUCCAUAGACUUGAGGGACGCCUACUACCAAAUCCCUGUAAACCAAGAUCAUAUGAAGUUUCUCAGGUUCUGGGCGCUAGGAAGGCACUUUCAGUUCCGGGGACUACCGUUUGGCCUCAGCUUGGCGCCAAGAACAUUCUCGAAAGUUCUUGUCACUUUAAUAGCCUUCAUAAGGGGGAAAGGUAUCGAGAUCUUCCAUUACUUGGACGACAUCCUUAUCAUAGGUCCAUCUCACAGGACAGUAGCUCAUCACACGUUGGUGGCAAUGAAUAUUCUUCAAGACCACGGUUGGCUUCUGAACGUGGAGAAAAGCUCCCUGAUUCCUUCUCAGAUGAUCAUAUUCCUCGGAGCAGUGAUAAACACCGUAUCUGCCCAUGUGUUUCCGUCUCCGGAAAGGGUCUCAAAAAUCAGAGACAAAGUAGGGAAGCUACAAGGUCUGGAGACUGCCUCUGCAAGAUAAGUCAUGAGUCUCCAGGGUUCUUUAACAUCAACUAUAGGGUUGGUAAAAUGGGCCCAGUGGAAGUUUUGUCCGGUCCAGAAUUGCUUCCUUCUCCAGUUCGACAGAGUGGGAACAGAUUGGGAGCAAAGGAUCUCUCUACCCCUGCCCGUGAGGAAAGGGUUGACCUCGUGGAAGAACAAGAAGAAUUUGGCAACAGACUUCCCGCUGGAAGAACCUCCUUGGAAGGUUAUUACAACAGAUGCCAGUUCUUUUGGUUGGGGUGCCCACUUCGAUUCCACAUGAACUCAAGGGAAGUGGACCCGAGAGGAGAGUCAGCUACAUUCAAAUCUAAGAGAACUGAGAGCUGUUACCAAGGCCAUCUUGGUGUUCCUACCGCGGAUCUUAAAUUUUUGGGUACUGAUCAAAACAGACAACUGAGCGGUUGCUUCAUAUGUGAACAACCAAGGUGGCACAAGAAGCAGAUUGCUCUUGAAGGAGCUGGCUCCCUUGAUGACAAUCGCCAUGACUAAUCUACAGGGUCUGAAGGCAAUCUAUCUUCCAGGUUCGGAGAAUGUGACGGCGGACCUCCUCAGCAGAAAGGAAAUUCUUCCGGGAGCAUGGAAACUUCACUUGGCAGUCUUUGCAUGGAUUGCCCGGCAGUGGGGCAUGCCCCAGAUCGACCUGAUGGCGUCCUCCCAGAAUCAUCAGGUGGAGAAUUACGUGGUUCCCCCUAUUGUCUGUGAUGAGCCAGGAAUAGCCUUGGCCUCUUCCUGUUAUGGAGGAUCUGCUAACGCAGGGCUCAAUAUUCCAUCCUCAUCCGGAACGCCUCAAAUUGGGGGUAUGGGUCUUGAAAAAGAAAGACUUCAACUACUAGGUCUCUCAGAAGCAGUGGUCAAUACCCUUUUGCAAUCAAGGAAAGCCUCUACUUCCUCAUGCUACCAUAGGAUCUGGGAUGUGUUCCGGGAAUGGGCUUCGACCAACAAUGUUGACUUCCUGCAUCCUCACAAUACGGAGAUCUUGGAGUUCCUGCAAGAGGGUCUGAAUAAGGGCUUUAGCCUCAGCACUCUCAAGGUUCAGUCUUCGGCGCUUUCAGCAACAUCUCAUGGACUUCGGAUCCUUUGAUCUCCAGGUUCUUCAAGGCAGCUUUCAGGUUGAGACCUCCUUCCAGAUCUACUACCGCUCCUUGGGACCUUCCUCUGGUACUCAAUUUCCUAACGGAGGAUCUGUUUGUUCCUCUUGAGGGUUUGGAUGCUACCCUCCUGACGCAUAAAACUUUGUUUUUGAAGUGGCUUCUUUAUCUACAUUGAAACAUUGGAAUUCACUGGUAAUCAGGAAAGCAUAUAUCUCGAAAGGUCGAUCUCCUCCAAUGAAGAUAAGAACUCAUUCUACUAGGGUUUUGUCGACUCCGUGGGCUAAUUGGGCAGAGGUUCCAUACAAUGAUAUUUGCAGGGCAGCCACCUGGUCUUCCCCGAUGACGUUCUUGAAACACUUACCGUAAUUUUCUUUUCCUGGCUAUUUCUCAUGGCAGCAUCAGGGUUUCCACCCAUUCUUGAUUUUUUUCAGCUUUAUAACUGGACUGAGGUGUAAGGGGAGGAGGGACUCUUUAUACAUAUCAGUCUAAUUAAUCUAAUUAAUUCCUGUCCUGUGACUGCUAAGGGAGGAGCUACCCAUAAGUGAGGCUGCCAUGAGAAAUAGCCAGGAAAAGAAAAUUACGGUAAGUUUGUUAUAAAUUUUCUUGAACUUGAACUUGCUCUCCUGGAACAAAUCAUCUCUUUCCAUUUUGCGUAAAUGUUAAGACACUGUAUUGGAAUUUUUACUCUGAAAUACAUUAAUCUUUCCUCCACUCAUAAUAUAUGGUAUCAGGGGUCACAUACUGGGGAAAAAAGUGUGGGAACUCACACCACCCCCCCCCCCAAAAAAUAAUAAUAAUUACACGCUGGUAUGCCUAUCUAUUUCCAAGAAAAUACAGUGCAACAUUUCUUAUAAAGUGCCAGUUUACAAAGACAUCUCCAAAAUUCACAUGCAGUAAUGGUAGAGAUCUCUGAAUGUGCAAAAGAAUGCGUACAAAUUCUUAAAAUUUGAAAAGUUUUUUUCAGUUAGAUGGGUUGCUUAAAGCCAGAGAGCUAUACGAGCAGUUUGGGAGUCAUAUCCUGCACUACACAGUCAUUUCUUGCAUGCAAGCUUAAGGACCACUAUAGUGCCAGGAAAACAUGCGUUUUCCUGGCACUAUAGUGCCCUGAGAGUGCCCCCACCCUCAGGGGUCCCUCCCAGCCGGCUCUGGAAGGGAAAGGGGUUUAAACUUACCUUUUUCCAGCUGGGGCUCUCUGCCUCGAUCCUCCUCCGUUAAACGCCGUGAAUGCGCAGCGGCACUUGGCCCGCAUUCAGCGGUCUCCUAGGAAAGCAUUCACUAUGCUUUUUACUAUGCUUUCUCACUGUGAAAAUCACAGUGAGAAGCACGCAAGCCUCUAGUGGCUGUCAAUGAGACAGCCACUAGAGGAUUAGGGGGAAGGCUUAACCCAUUCAUAAACAUAGCAGUUUCUCUGAAACUGCUAUGUUUAUGAAAAAAUGGGUUAACCCUAGCUGGACCUGGCACCCAGACCACUUCAUUAAGCUGAAGUGGUCUGGGUGCCUAGAGUGGUCCUUUAAGCUCAGCUCAUAACAGUAAGCAGAAAUCUCUAUCUAGUGGCCUUAACAAGGUCUUGACAUCAGAUUAUUUGUUAAACUUUGCAGGGGUUGCGGAUGCUGUUCAGGAAAUGGGACUGUUAUCUGAAGCUCUACAAAGAGAUGACAU